AUGGAACUUGAGAUCGGGCGACAACCAAACCCUAGUUGGAACAAGUCAAUUGUGCUCAAAGUCGCACAACCAACGAGAAUGCGCGAUUGGCACUCGGUCUCCGGAGAUAUGAAUGAAUGCAGCAUCGCUCAGAGACGUGACCGACAUACGGGAUUGGAAAUGGGUGCAAAGACGCGACAGCAUGCGAAGAAGGCGGGCUCCGAAGCCGUCGCAUCUCGCGGAUAUCGGGAGUGCAUUGAGCGAGGCCGCUUCGUCAAAUGGGCUUUCGCGUUUGCACAUAUUCUAGAGCGUGAAGCCUGA